UGACCUGGGAGUCCACGUCGAUGGCUUCAUAGCGAACGUAGCGCACAGUUUUGUCAUAGACGCCUCCAAGGAAAACCCGGUGUCGGGCCGCAAAGCCGAUGUCAUCAAAGCGGCUCAUCUCUGCGCCGAGGCCGCUCUGCGCCUGGUGAAGCCUGGGAACCAGAACACGCAGGUGACGGACGCGUGGAACAAAAUCGCCCACUCGUUUCACUGCGCGCCCAUCGAAGGGAUGCUGUCGCACCAGCUGAAGCAGCACGUGAUCGACGGGGAGAAAACCAUCAUCCAGAACCCCACAGACCAGCAAAAGAAGGACCACGAAAAAGCCGAGUUUGAGGUCCACGAAGUUUACGCCGUUGAUGUUCUCGUCAGCAGCGGAGAGGGAAAGGCCAAGGAUGCGGGCCAGAGAACCACGAUCUACAAAAGGGACCCGUCCAAGCAGUACGGCCUGAAGAUGAAAACCUCCCGUGCCUUUUUCAGCGAGGUGGAGCGGCGCUUCGACACGAUGCCGUUCACUCUCAGGGCGUUCGAGGAUGAGAAGAAGGCCAGGAUGGGGGUGGUGGAGUGCGCCAAGCACGAGCUGCUCCAGCCCUUCAACGUCCUCUACGAGAAGGAAGGGGAGUUCGUUGCGCAGUUCAAGUUCACGGUGCUCUUAAUGCCCAACGGCCCGAUGAGGAUAACCAGCGGCCCCUUCGAACCCGAGCUCUACAAGUCGGAGUUCGAGGUGCAGGACGGCGAGCUGAAGGGGUUUGUAAAAGCCCAAAAAUCCCAAAAACAGGGGAGGGGCUGCG